CCCACAGCGAAAAAUGGCGUCCUUAGACGGAGGACCACGAAAGAGAAGGAAAACAGACGACGAAUUGUUGGAAUCAUUUCACGAUUCGUUCUUGUGUCAAAACCCCUCAUUUGCAGACGCUAUCUACAGGUUCAAGGACAUCACUACAGGCCUGGGUGCAUUCACUAUCGGGUCUUGUAACGCUGCGGACCCUGACAACGGUUGCAGCUUCAACAAGGCAGUCUGUACGAUCAAACCCACUCAGCGUGUAUAUGCCUUUGCGAAUUUUUUCGUUGAUGCCUUCAAAAUGUUGAAGAAUUUUGUCACCAAAAAAGAAAUUCCAUCAGACAGUGAAAUGAAGAUGUUAUUCCUGUGUCUCAUCCGGUUCUUGGUCAACACAGAAAACCAAGAGGGUCUAUCACAGGCAGAAGAUUGCACUAAUGACACAGAGUUGGCUGUGCUGCUGACCUUCCAUUUGUUUACUCGCCUCUCAGCAUCUCCCCGUUUUAUUGUUGAUGACCAAAAGCCUGCCCAGCCCAAAGCUUGUCCAUGUAGGAGGAGACACGGACAAGUAACUUAUGGAGACACAAGUAUAGGCAAUCCAGUUGUUUGGCAUGGUUGUUUGGAUUUGAUCAUGGAGGGCUCGAAUGUCUCUGUAGACAUGCUGGAUCAGGACUCGGAGGCGAGUAGCAAUAGGGAGUCGGGACGGACAGUGACACAAAGGAUGCUGGACAUGACAGACAACUCCAUGGGGAGUGGCUUAGUGCAGCUAGCGGCCAAGACAAUCGUCCAGUCUUUCUACUACAGACAGGUGUAUCCCGAGCGGGAGAACUCGCUGAUUCCCGGUGUCGGAGUGUCCAGCACAGGACUCGUCUUCUACUUUUACGACUCUGUUCAUGACGUGCUCCUCGGAAGUUCACGCUUUCCUUUAGCAGCUUUUUCUCCAUUUGAGAUAAAUUUUACAGCAGUUAUUGCACUUUGGAUGGUGUUGAACCACAAGUAUCUGUGUAAUGGACUGUCCUCUGUAGAUAUAGAGGAGGUGCCUAAGGCAGGCUUUGUUACAGCCGCUCGGAACAAGCUUCACAUUUACAAGGCGGAGCUAAGACAGGGUGGCGUAAACUUUCGUCUCUUCACUGCUAACAGUCUGGACCCACUUUCAUUUGUUAAUUCAAAAUUCAUUUUGUCAGACGUAUUAAAAGAUGUGUAAUGAAAACAGAAUACAAACAUUUCAGUAUUAAUUGUUGAAUAAAUACACUGUUGUAUGAACUUAAAUCUA